AGAUAAGAUUGUUGGUGUUGUUGUCAAAUAUUAGGUAGGUUUCAAAUAGAUCAUGGCACCUGGAACUCAAGCUAUCAGCAUUACGCCAAGUUCAUUUUUCCUGCUUAAUUCAAACAAAGUUGAUGUCAAGAAAAAAGUAAAGCUAGCAAAAUAUAUAUGGGUUUCCAGCUUUGUGAAUUUACCUCACAAAGAACAAUCUUUACUUGGCUGGCUGACAUCAAGUAUAACUCAACUUAAAUGUAACAGUGGCAGUGAUGCCAGAUGUUUGUGGUCAACACUGGCGGAAGUUUUAUCAAGCAAACAAUUGGAUGCCUGCAUUAAAGAUGGUUCGUCUAACCUUGUUAUUGGACCAUCAUUCACUAAGACGUUUGUGCGAGCACUUGAACAGCAAGAUAAUAUUGAAAUUUUAUUUGACUUGCUUACUGUGGGAAUGUGUUUGUUGCGUUUGAAGUUAUUCAGCGUGGAAACUUCAAAACUAGAAUUAUUCUUCGACUAUAUUUCUGCACUUGUUUCAAUUCAUAACAGAUUACAUGAUAAUAAAGAACAUUCUGAUGUAAGAAAGAAAGUUGGUUUGUUAUUGCAAGAUGUCCUCAAGCAAUUAUUAAAUCACUUGUCAAAGGCAACUGUUGUUGAAAAGGGGAUGAUGUAUUUCAUGAAAACUACUUUGCUUCGUUUGUUGAAAGUACGUGACACAAUAAAUGAUGAUGAUUCAAGGGAACUAAUUCUUCUCAUAGAUGAUGUCAUAAAGUCUUUCCUUGGCUCAAGAAAGAUGACCAGCAUGCAGAAAAAAGGAAAAAAGAAUGAGAAGGCUGGAAACAAGCCUUGCUACAAUACAAUGCUUCAAGCAUUGGUGCAGUGUAAGAAUCCCAAAUGGUUGCUACAUAUAUACAACUUGUACUUGGAAGCAAACUUAAAAUCAAGUUCAUCUGUUAAGUUUCAGUUUUUCACUGAAUUUAAGUCAAUGGUAUGUGAGGACCUCACAACAUUCGAACAGAUGCAAACACUCUCAGUCUUGUUAAAGAUUAACCACACAAAUGGAUUACAUCUUUCAUUUGAAGCCAACGAGGUUCAACAUCAGUUUUAUGGAGGAAUGUUGGAUGAUUUGGUUGGGAGCAACGUUAAUUUCAGUGAACAUUGGUGUUCUUGCAUUGUCACUCUUAUGAAAAUAAACCAAGCAGCAGUGUUGCCACGAGUGAAAGAAAUUUUGUUGAAAUUGUUUCGUUGCAUUGUGUUGAAAGAUCAAGAUGUGUCUUCUUCUGCGUCGUGGGUAUGCCAAGUUUUUCAAACAAUUACAACAGUUUAUGUUGAAAUUCGAAAGCCACUGGAAUUAUUGGAAAUAUUUGCAUCGGUGAUUGAUGAAGCUAGCACUGAUUGUUGUAAUGCAAAUAAUUUGUUAAACAUGGCAAACUAUUUUUCAUCAUCGUUUGCAACGGAAUGUGUUGGGAAAAGUUCUGAUUUGAACGUAGUGGUUAUGUGGGAAUUCAUUGAAACAAGGAUGGUGUUGGUUUCCAACAACAUUGUUGAGGGUGCAGAUAAGUCUUCCAUUGUUGUACAUGGCAGUGGUAAGAAGAAGAAGAAGCAUACAAGUGAUGAUGCUGGUGUUAAAAGCAAGAUUAUCAAAACCACAAACGGCAAUACUGAUAAAUAUUAUGAUAACGAUCAAUCUCUACUUUCAAUAAAUUGUUUUGCAAGCAUGCUCAGUGACACCUUAAAGAACAUAAACUUUGUAAACAUCAAUGUACAGACAUCUCUGAACAAGAAAAUUGCGGAAAUGUUCAAAAUUCAACAAGAAUUGAUUGAAAAAUUGUUGAGACUUCUCUCACAUACUCAAUCUAGACUUCUGGUUCAUGUCAUAGUUAAGUUGUGUUCAUUAUAUGAACAAUGCUACACUAUGCUCAUGCACUACUCAUUAUCAGCGUUAUUGCAACUAAAGAACCCUGCCGAGUAUUGGAAUGUAGUGAAAUUAAACCUUCAAUCUUGUCCCGAUGAAUGGUACGAGACUCAUUACUUAUGGUUGGAAUGGACAUGCUACCAAAUAACAAGACUUGCAUGGUGUAUUGAGCACACAUCGGUAGAGUCUGAGUUGCAUGAACACAUGACUAGUAUGAAUGAAUCCACUUCAAUUUUGCUGCAAGUGGUGAAAGAUUUAAAAACAUAUCAAUUACCUCAAUGUGAUCAAGACAGUAUAUGUGUUAUACGAAACAAAGUUGAUUUACAACUGUCCACACUUCAACUGUUAAAAACACACAUGCAUGUUAUCAUCAAGCAUUCUAAUGCUGAUGUUAUAAAGAAAAUUGGAGAAAUCUUAUUCAACUCAUUUCCGCAGGUAACAUCAACUCCUGGUGACAUACAUAAUGAUAAAUUAAAACAACUCAACGAUCUACAAAUCAAUGAGAACAGAGAUCUUCAAGUCAUGGUGGUUGGCUGUGUGGUGCAAGACAUGAAACAACAUUUCCAGAACACUGUUCAGUUGAAGGAAUAUGUUGAAGUAUUAACUUAUGUAGAAGAAUAUUUGAAUGGAAAAGAUUGUGAUAAAGAUCUUGUUUCUACUUCACUGAGUAAUUUAUUGAAAACACACAACGAUAAAACCUCCACAAGAAAGAAAUCAUCGAAAAAUGUUUUACGCCCAACCGACUUGGAAAUAAUGGGAAAAUUAAUUGCAAUUCUUGAUCAGCUACCGUUGCAACAUUCGCCCAACCACAUGUUACUCUCGUACAUGCUGCUAAUACUUUGUGUUGUUGCGAGGUUAAACACAAAACACUCAUCUGCUGAAGCCGUUGGUGCUGCUGCUCUUAUUAAAUCAUAUCAACAGAAAUGCAUUACAAUGCUUGAUACUGUUGUUUUAUCUCUACCAAGCAAAGAACUUUCCAUUCUCCCCACUUCAACACUUAUUAUAUACAUUACAAAGAGCAUGAGUAAAACCCCUGAGGCACACAGCUCUAUGAUUGGUGAUAGAUUAGUAACAACUUUGAUCAAAUCUACUUGUUAUGAGAAGAUUAAAUUACAGACGUUGGUUCAGAAGUUAUGCCGAACCAUGCAAGAAUCUCCAAAUGCUGAAUCCCUCCCACCACACCUGGUUCCCACCCUGCUAUGCUCAUCCUCGGUUAUUCUCAAACACAAGAAAGUUUUCCAUGAAGUGAAUAAGUUUCUCAACCCUAACCCUACCCAUGCUACUACAUACAAAUGGUGGAAUCCUUAUCUAAACUCAGAUGCACCUCAGUUAAAAUCUAAACCCACCAAAGCAGUUUUUACAACACAAAACAGCGUGCCUCUGGAUAACAUUGCUUCUCAACUGCAAAGUUUAAUGACAGUAAUAUCUAAACAAGCCUUGAUUCAAAAAUCCACCAACAAUCUUCCCGACUUGUUACGUGGGUGUCUUAUAUCAAGUUUUGCUCUUGAUGUUCAUUUAUUGAAUGAAGAAACUUCUGCUGAAAAUUAUUUCAAAACUUGCUGUUUGUUUAUCAAAGAAAGUGGAUUGGAUGGAAAAGUGAAAGAGUUCGUAAAAAAUCUCGCAACAGAAAGCGAUAAUAAAACUGCGAUGUCAAAAAUGAAGUUGCUUGCAUUAUACACAGAACUGCAGGGUGCCAUGUUUAUCAAUGAGGUUAAAGAAGUUGACCAACCUGCGUUGUGGAAAUCUCAAUUAUCAAAUUUAGUUCAAAUUUAUUCGUCACCUUGUGUUGCAAACAAUGAAAUGAACAAUGUUUUAUUGGAUCGUGUAAUAUAUUUGCAUACUUUCAACCUACCUGAUGUUUCUACUUAUCAAGAGUUUUUGGUUGAAAAAGUUGAAAAGAUAAGACAAGGCAACUUAAAUGAAGUUGGACCACUGCUGAGGUUCCUACAGUUUAUUACUGCUUAUUUUGAAACUAAAAAAAGUGAGAUUGGAAACCUGCAUUCCACUAAAGGAACAGAUGCUAAUUCUGCCACAAGCCUCACAUCAGAUUCCUGUCAGAUCAAAUUUUUACGAGAUGGUUUUGAUGCUUGCGUUGAUUUAGUUGAAAAUAUUUCAACAUCGAACAUCGAAUUACUACCAUUGGUGAUUGUUACUUUUGCAAGGAUUACAGCCCUUGGUCAUAAAGUUAUAAACCAAAGACAACUCUCUAUCCUGUUUUCAACAUUAUCGAGAAUCAAAUUAAUGAAAAUUUCAAAAAAAGAUGUUAGAACUGAUGUUGUGUAUGGAGUUCAAUACGUUGUAAGUUCAAUACUAAUGAAUCACAAAGCUGCCAUCAGUGGUCUUGUACCUUUAAUAUUAACUACAAUUCAACAUCUAAUUCAAUCGGCUCUGGAUUAGGCAACAUGGGAGCAAAGAUAUCCCAACUGAAGGACAAGUUGACUUUGCAUUGGUUUGUGCGGAAUAUGUGAAUCGGAUUUCACAUUUAAUCACCGCCAAUCAUGCUUCAUAUUUCAAAAGGUGCGUUCCGUAUCUCAUAGCCAGCUAUCUGCAUGGCUUAACCAAAGACACUAUAACACAAGCAGUCAAGAAUAUUCUGCAAGCAUCAAUGUACAACUUCCUGUCUUUAAUUGACGAACACAGCGUUGGAAUGCUCAAAGCUACACUGCCUGUCGGGGUUAGAGAAGUUUUCCGGAAUCUUCACAGCGAUUAUACCAAAUAUUUCAAAUACACUGGAUACGUUUAAGUGCUGGCGAAUAAAAAUUCAAUAAAAUUAA